UUGGUAAACAUUUCGCCGGUUGAUAAGUUUAGUUUAUUCAGUUUAUUUCGUCCUUUAUUGGACUUAUUUUCUGCAAAAAUUGCCCUGCUUUGCUUUGCUGUUUAAUCGCAAUGAAGGAAAGAUUGUUUCAAAAGUGCUGUCGCUUGUGUUUGGAUGAUAAAAAGCAGCAGUUAGAAAUACGAUCAGUAGAGCGACUGGAUGAAGCGCUUCUGGAUCUUUACGAUUUAAAGAUUUCCAGUAAAGAUCGUUGCAGUCAGAACAUUUGCGUAGAGUGUUACGAGGAUGUAAGUGAAUCACAGAAAUGGCUGGAACAGCUAGAAAAGCAAAAGCGGCUUAUUCUUGCCAAUCAAGCACGGUUCCGAGAGGAAUUGCUAGAUCAAUUAGGACCGGAACAAGCUAUUCUCAGCGGUGCAUCACAGGCAAACCCUGUCGACAGUACACCUCCAGUUUCCGGCACUCGCGUCACUAGAAGAUCUGCUCGGAAGUCGCCGAAGAAUGAUUCUCCCAAGCCGAAACCGGUGUCGAUCAAAAAAGAGCCCAUAGUGACCAGGAACAGCAAGCGAAAGCUCGAUUGGGAACCGCCACAGUCGGAACAGGAAUCCGAAACAACCACAGAGGCCACCUCCAAUGAAGUGGACGAAGAGGAAGAGAUAGGUUCGGAAACAACCACUACUACUUCCGCUGAUACGGAUAUGAAGUGUCACAAAUGUGAAGCCCAUUUUGAAGAUCUUGCAUCAAUGCAAAAUCAUACCUGUGAAUAUAUCUGCAGUAUCUGUAGCAAGCUGUUUAGUUCAAAAUGGAAUUUGAGACGGCACUUGGUCGAUGUACACAAAAUUUGUCGAACACAGUGGAUGAGCUACUGGAACCCGAAAGCGUACGGUAAGAAUGCGCAGAGCCUACUGGUGGAAACGUCAAGACCGAAAAAGAGAUAUCGGUAUGAAAGCGAUUCUCCAACGGACAUUGAAGACUCAAGUAACGAUCAAGCACCUAGGACGGAUGUCGAAAUUAUUUGCAACUACUGCGGCGUUAAGUUCGAUUCUCAACAGGAAUUGAAAGAUCACGAUUGUGAAAUACGAUGCAACAUCUGUGGAAUGACAUUUGCCAAGCGCAACUAUGUUAAAAACCAUAAGAUUCGUGUCCAUCAUAUAGAUCCAACAGAUCCGUCUCUCAGUGCUUCAAAGUCCAGACCGGUUUCGAGAGCGGCAUCACGUCCUCCGUCUAGAGCUGCCACUGUUUCUGCUGAUGCGGAAAAUCACUCUGACGAUGAACCUUUGUCGACAUUGGCUAAUAAAGCGGACGAAACAUUUAACGAGAUGGAGAAAACGCCCGGAAAACAGAAGUAUAGAUACUUCUGUACAGUGUGUGAUUAUAGCAAUAUGAAACGCUAUCGACUUACCGCUCAUUUGAUUGAAAAACAUAACUUUGCUAAAGAAUCAAUCGAUGCAGAUGCGAUUCCGAAAGAGGCAGUACGCGAUGGGUCGAAAACUCCGGAUCGAUCAAAAACACCCCAACCUAGAUACUCUGGGGCCAAAACACCGCUUGGGCUCAGAACACCAACUGGCGCCAGAACGCCGUUUGAAGCCAAAUCCGCCGAACAACAGAAUAAUUCAUCAGUACCAAAGACCCCCGAUCUGCUGACGACUUUAAGUGAUUCAAAUGUUCAUAGAGCGCGCUCUAAAUCGACUUACAUGGACUAUGAUAUAGAUAAGAAACGAAAGCGAUCGUACUCAUCUUGUUCCAACAAAUUGUCUCGCUCUGUUCGCUCUACCUCAAAUCCACCACCAAGUGACCGACGUACUGUAAUCGCCAAGCGACGGGUUUCCACAGCGGAGAGGCAACAGAAAAUUCAUCCGAAAUUUAAGCCGCUUUUGCUCGGUAUCGAUAUGAAUCGCUUGCAUUUAACCAUCCACAUGGGUUGCGAAACAUAUCCGCCUCACCAGCAAAUUCGCAUGCGUGCUUCUUCACAUUACUCGCAGGAUCCGAGUUCCACGAAGCGACUUUUCCGUCUGAAAUCUCCUGUUGGAGCCGAACGCCAGGGGGUUCUGCAGCUUCGUAAUAUAUUUAAUCGCAUGUCUCAACGUGUCAGUGGCGAAUCUAAAGUCGCCGGGACUAUUUCCGAUACACCAGAGCAGAAUCCAACUCUUGCACCACUUGUGCUUAGCUGCCCAGAGGGGGAAGUCUACGAGGUACGGGAUGUUGAUACCCAAGAUGUGACCACAGUUUAUCAAUCGGGGAGCGAAAUCGUUCAUGUAGCGGGCGGCACCGCUCAGGUCGAUCAGGAUACAUCAAGUCACUCUAAGAAAAAGAAAAAGAAAAAUAAGAAGGAAAAGCGACGAAAAACCGAUGAUGAUGCGGAUCAGCAAAGGUCUGGCUCACAAAGUGGUGAAACGGAUCUGUUGGCUGUCCAAAUUAAAUCGGAGAAAAUAGACACAAAUGUACAAGAGGAAAUGGGCGCAGAAACAGAUCCAGUUGAAUCCGCCGGUUCCAAUGUUUCGCCCAAACAGUCAGGAGCAUCUUCUGAACAAAAUAUUCAAAGAAACAUACAUGAUACGCCAGAUGUCGCCUCUUCGGAAAUACAGGAACAGGAAAAUCAAGCCAUGGAAGAGCCUGAAACAAUUCCAUUGGAGGAACAAGAGAAAGAGGACGAAAACGUAAUGCAGAAGGGAACAGAAACCGAGAACGACCCAACGGAAGCCAUGGAAAUAUCAGAUGAUGCAAUUGUGUCAGUUUCCGCUGAGGGAUCACAGAACAGGGACAUAACUCACGUAGCUUCCGCUGCCGAUACUGACGAUAACGUUGGUCAGACGGAUCUGCCAGCGCAGGACACCGAAGCAACUAACGAAGAUGCAGUAGCAUCGGAAAAUGUUGACGGGACCCAGCACACGUCGGGAGAAGUUUCGCCAGAUUCGACCAGUGAAAAGCAGGACGGAAUGGUGGGUAGCACUCCGUCGCCGAUGGAAGUUGACGAACCGGUUGAGGGUUCAGAUUCAGCUGACGAUGACGGCAGCCGGAAUAAUGAUGCAGAUGUGGAAGAAGGAGAGUCAAAUAGUCUCAUUACUUCCGAUUGAAGACGGAAGCAAAGCGCAAAGAGUUUACCUGUACUACAUUUCCCGGAUGUUGUUUGAGCCAUCUAAUUGUUAUUUUUAAGAAAUUUUAGUCAGCAUCCAGAUACAUACAAGCAAACAAACGUUGACACAAAAUUGUUCAUCUUAAAAUUUAACUAAUAAAGAAUUCAU